CUGGUAGUUAUGGAUCCUGACUAUAUUAAGGACGAGUUCAAGGAUGCAUAUUUUGUGCACGAGGAUGUUGCACUACCGAUUGGCUUGCCAGGGCAUGUUGCCACCUGGCGCGAGUCUUCUUACCGAGAGAUCCUCAACUUUCUUGCGCCUGACGCAGGCCCUGACCGCAUCGAUCGCUUGAUGAAGAAAAAGUCGGCGUUCCACGCUGAUCGCCAUUUACAAAUCAAAGAAUUCGCCGGCUUUCGUGCAAAUACGACCACUGUCGCCCGCGCAGAUGGUAUAUCAUAUAUACAGGCGUAUCGCACCGAAAAAAAUGUGACGUAUUCACUGAGCCCUGGAGUAUUCCGGCAGCGUGGAGCCAAAGAGCUUUUGGAGAAGAAGACGCAGGAGAAGAUGUUAUUGGACUUGAAUAUCAUGAGCGACGUAUUUUUUGAAUUCACUGGUGAUGAAGUGGUCGCCGGUCGCGAUAGUUGCGCCCACCUUGAUAUUCGGGUCCCGCUGGACAAGGCCUUGAACUGGCUGCCUACUCUCCCAGAAGACCUUGUCCAACGCUGCGUUAUCAACAGAACAACGUGG